AUCACAUCUCGCUCAGUUUUGUUGUCGCGUAGAAUCCCGAUGCAACACAAAAAGCCAUAGACGGUGAUGGCUGGCUUGACACGGGUGAUCUUGGCUGGGUCGCCCCAGUGUGGAAAACUGGCGCUGCUAGAAAAUGUGGAGGAAUGUUAGUCUUGGAGGGGCGUGCAAAAGAAACUAGUGUUCUCUCAACAGGCGAGAAUGUGGAGCCAACAGAGAUUGAAGAGGCAGCACUGCAAAGCAGUCUUAUUGAUCAAAUCAUGGUUGUCGGUCAGGACCAAAGGCGCCUUGGAGCACUGAUAGUUGCAAGCAAGGAUACAGCAGCCACAUCUGCAAAUGAUUUGAAGAGUUUGGUUCGAGAAGAACUUCAAAGAUGUACGUCAAGUUGUUCUUUCCAGAUUGGGCCCUUUGUCAUCGUGAAUGAACCAUUCACAAUGGAGAAUGGGCUAUUGACACCGACAACGAAGCUUCGCAGGGACACCAUUUUAAUGCGCUACCAGAACCAAAUCGACUACCUAUUCAAUAAUACAUUAUAAAUAUGUGUAUAAGAAUGAUUCAUCAUGCUUAAACCGUAAUAACAACUUACUAUGUGAAACA